AUGUUCUGGUGGGCGAUUCCUCUUGAAUUACUCAUACUCGCGUUUAGCUUUAUUGGUUUGAUCAGUAGUAUUGUAUUUAUAUUAGUCGUUGUUAUUCAUCGUGAAUUUCGUCAAAAUCUCAUUUUACUUCUCGCAAUCAAUUUGAGUAUUGGAGGACUUAUUACCUGUGUUUCAAUGAUAUCUCAAGCUUUGUACAUGAUAAUGCAAUCUGAACAAGAUAUGCUUUGUCCGUUUCGCAGUUAUUUCUAUACAGCUGGAGGUUUAUACAUUUUCCAAGCAGCCUUGCUACAAACUUUACAUCGACUGUUCAUUACCGUUUUUGCUCAUCGUCGAUAUUGGCAGAACCGGUGUUUAUUCUUAUCGUUAGCUUUGGCACAAUUGUCACUUUGUCUAUUAGCAUUAUUACCCUUGCUACUGGGUAAUAGAUUUCCAUAUUUUCCUAGUGCGAAAGCGUGUUACAUUGCUUUAAAUGACAUUUUCGAUGUUCUGUAUCCAGCAAUCUGUUUUUACUUUGUUCCAUUGAUUCUUCAAUCGGGCUUGUCCUACUGGAUUCUUCAACAUGUCGCUCGCGAGACUCGAGCUGGUCGAGCGGGAAUGAAUAUCCACAAACGCAUUCACAAAGAGCGACGAGUGUUAGCUCGCGUAGCUCUACCAGUUAUUCUAUUGCUUAGUGUUGGACUCAUUUUUUUUGUCUUCUUUUUUGGUACAAUAUUAACUAAUACACAAUGGGAAGCUCCACCUUAUGCACUUCAUCUUAGUUUUCUGGGCAGUUCAGCUGCAACUGGAGCAUCCAUGAUGGCUAAUCUUUUUCUGUAUCGAGAAGUGAAGAAAAAUAUUUGGUUAUACCUACGAUGUUUAUGGAUACAUCAUGAACAAAAUAGAAUCCAUAUUCUCGGUCAUGCAUAA